UACGCGGUGAACCCAACUGUUUAAGGUCGUCGGUUUGAAGGAGGUAACUUUGAUCCUGUCCUGACUACCUCGUCCUGUAGUCGCGGUAAUGGGGCUGUGCGAUGCGUUAAGAGGAAACGUGAUUUACGAGACGAUAAGACCUUAUGUUAUGUUAUGUUUGCCAAAUGAUUCAUCGGCUUCAGAGUCGUAUUUUUCUGAAUUGAAGUGUGCAUCUGCCUAUUUGGAUUGUACCUAUUUUAUUCUACGUGUUAUUAAUAAUGAGUUGUUACAGAUAAAGCAAUCGGCUAAAAUGAAGUCCGACAAUUUUUAUAGAAAUGUAUUAUCCGUAUUUGAUUUACUGCUUAAACCUGAGAAAAAACCAUCAGAAUUUCUGGGCGAACCACCAAAACCAAAAAGUGAUUUAUUUCGGCAUUCAAAACAUUCUCAUCUACGUCAUUAUUUCACUCAAGUAUGGAUAUCGUUUCUAAACAACGAAUUAUCAGAUGAUGUACGUCUAGAAUCCGUACGGUAUUUGGGUAAUGGAGGCAUGAACCGCUUAGCUGAAAUUCGCUUAUUAGCUGAUCACAUUAUACCAAUUUUUGAUCCUGAUCCAGAGAAUAAAUUGUCUCAAACAGAAUUGACAAAAUUUCCAACUAGUUGGUCUCGUGCAGUUUGUCAUGCAGUACUCGGUUUAAUUCAAAAAGGUGAUUUCAAUUAUCCACGUUUGUACAUUCGGCUGUAUCGUUUAUUGGAUGAAACUUUGUUUGGAUGUCCAGAUGUUGAACCUUUUCUGAUUGAUUUAGAUGUUUAUUUAAGCUCCAUACAUUUAGCUACCACAGUUGUUGCAUCAUUCAUAAAACGACUUUCUCAAUUAUCUUUAUUUAGUCCAAUUUCAAUUACACCUGCAUUACUUUUAAUCAUCUUCAAUGGUUUACAAAAUCAUCCUCAUUGUCGUGUUUUAAUUAACUAUAAACAGAAAAAAUCACAAAAAUUAAAUAAUAUUCAAUCAGAUGAUAAUAGUUUACCAAAUGUAUUAAAUGCACAAUCAAUUGGUGAUCCUUAUAAUUGGGAAGCAGAUAAUUUUGAUUCAUCUAGAGCAUUAGAAAGUAGUCUAUGGGAAGUUUAUGCAUUAAUUGGUCAUUGUUCACCAGAUAUCUCAUCAUUAGCUUAUAAAAUUUGUAAUCCUGAUCCAACGGAUACUUUUAAUUCCUCUGUGGCUGACAUACUUGAUAAACAAAAAAAGAAUAUUAAAGAAGCAACCCGCUCUGUGAAGGAAGCAUUGUACCUGUUAUCUCAAACUAAUAUUACGAUGCCAGAGUUACCUCCGCUUGAUGGUUGGGCGUAAUUGGUUUUCCUUUUUGGUGCAGAAACGUUUAAAUUUUUAUACAACUUACUAUCUGUGCAAGAAACAUUUUUAAUUAUAAAUAUCUGAUUCUUUUGUAUAAUACCGAACGUUUAUUAAUUCUGUUCAUAUUUUCACCUUUCUACUGUUAUAUCCAGUAGCUUAACUUCGUGUAAAUGAUGUAUACAUCCUAUGAGUUGUAUUUGCAUGCUAAGAUAAUUAUUAAAAUGUUUUUGUAUUUAUUUACUUUUAUACUGUCCUCAUUUUUUGUUGCGAUAAAUUUUCGUACAGUACAAAUAUUUCACUGAAAAAUCAAGUUUACAAGACAAACUGCGUUUACCGGAUGCAUUCACGAUUAAUAUAUUUAACCAUGGUCUUUUGCAAAUGUUAUUCAGUGAAAGUGUCAAUAAAUGGCAUUAACUUGACAA